AUGGAAACCGUCUCCAGGCAGAAAGUCUCGCGGAGCCUCAAGUGCGCGCGCUGCCGCAAUCACGGCUUCAUGGUGGCGCUGAAGGGUCACGUGGGCCAGUGCCGGUUCUCACGGUGCGGCUGCUGGAAGUGCGCGCUCAUCGCCGAGCGCACGAGGAUCAUGGCGAGGCAGAGGGUGAUGAAGAAGCGUCAGCGCGAGGAGCAGGAGAGAACCGGGCACGGUGACCCGGCAUCGGGUGUCAGAGGGCGCGUCACCAAGAGCCCGGUGCGCGCCACGCACACGGAGGAUAACACGUGCACCGAGCUCGAGCCACCGGCACUAACGGAGAGCGGCGCGUGCGCUCCGACUCCCAAUCCGGAGAUCGCGCAAAAGUCCUCCGAUCACUGCAAAGGGAGUCAUGAUAGGGCCGUGUUUACAGACCUGCCCCAUUUUCCGUGGGAGAACUCCGUAGCAGAAAUACCCCAGAACACUGUUUACUCAGGUGAUCUGCCCAUGAUGAUGCCCCUCCACCUGCACACUCACUACACCAACACUUUCACACCUCCGGCGUUCCUGGUCAGCUUCGGAACGUCUCCACUCGGAGCCAUCGGCCUUCCUCACGUCCCCCCGGCUGCACUGAUGGAGUCCAGACCGGUGAGGAGACUUUUCAUCAGUUUACACUAA